CUGGCUGUUUCCUGCUCUCUUUCUGCUUUCUCUGGAACACAUCUGAACACAGAGCGACGUCUAGGAUUUCGCAGUGCUCCUAUCAGAGCUGGAAAAUCAGUCAAAUAUAUACGCAUCCAUCCCAUAGCAAUGCGAAGGAAAUCACGGGUGUUACUGUGUUUUGCCGUGCUCUGGGUCCUCGGCAUCGCAUAUUACUUUUACUCGGGAACAGCGAUGAACAAAAAGGAUGACUGGAAUGGCAUUGAGUCUUUGAAAAGGAAAGAAACGCACAUUAGCAAUGCAGAAGACAAAGCGCACAGUUUGGAGACGCUACCUCCAGGGAAAAUGAGGUGGCAGGACUUUAACCAGGAUUUGUAUGUUGGUGCAACUGUAGUCAGACCUGGCCAGGAUCCUUAUGCUCGCAAUAAAUUUAACCAAGUUGAGAGUGACAAGCUACAAAUGGAUAGAGGUGUACCAGACACAAGACAUGAUCAUUGUCGACAUAAACUGUGGCAGACUGACUUACCAGCAACCAGCGUUGUCAUCACCUUCCACAAUGAGGCUCGAUCUGCUUUGCUGCGUACUAUUGUCAGUGUUCUUAAGAAAAGUCCUGCGCAUCUUAUCAAAGAAAUUAUAUUAGUUGAUGAUUACAGCGACAACGCUGAAGAUGGUGCUUUGUUGGCAAAGAUAGAAAAAGUGCGGAUACUCAGGAAUGAUCGACGGGAAGGUUUGAUGCGAUCUCGCGUGAGGGGUGCAGAUGCUGCUGUAGCUAAGGUGUUAACAUUCCUUGACAGCCACUGUGAAUGCAAUGAACACUGGUUGGAACCAUUGCUAGAGAGGGUAGCAGAGGAUAAAACGAGAGUUGUAUCUCCUAUCAUCGAUGUUAUAAAUAUGGAUAAUUUCCAGUAUGUAGGUGCCUCAGCUGACCUAAAAGGGGGGUUUGACUGGAACCUUGUGUUUAAAUGGGAUUACAUGACUCCUGAACAAAGAAGAGUGCGACAGGGGAAUCCAAUUGCACCAAUAAAGACACCAAUGAUAGCUGGUGGUCUCUUUGUUAUGGACAAAGACUACUUUGAAGAACGGGGAAAGUAUGACAUGAUGAUGGAUGUCUGGGGUGGUGAAAAUUUAGAGAUCUCGUUUCGUGUAUGGCAAUGUGGUGGAAGUCUGGAAAUCAUUCCUUGUAGCCGGGUAGGCCAUGUGUUCCGCAAACAACAUCCUUACACCUUCCCAGGAGGCAGUGGGACAGUAUUUGCCAGGAACACCCGCAGGGCAGCAGAGGUUUGGAUGGAUGAGUUUAAAAAUUUCUAUUAUGCAGCAGUGCCGUCAGCACGAAAUGUUCCUUAUGGGAACAUCCAGAGCAGGCUAGACAUGAAAAAGAGACUUGGCUGCAAACCUUUUAAAUGGUAUCUGGAAAACGUCUACCCGGAACUUAGGGUGCCUGACCAUCAAGACAUAGCCUUUGGGGCUUUGCAGCAAGGCAGUAACUGUUUGGACACCAUGGGCCAUUUUGCAGAUGGUGUUGUAGGGGUCUAUGAGUGCCACAACGCUGGCGGAAACCAGGAAUGGGCGUUGACUAAGGAUAAGUCAGUUAAACACAUGGACCUGUGCUUGACUGUUGUAGACAGAGUUGCAGGCUCUCAAAUAAAACUGCAAGGAUGUAGAGAGAAUGACAGCAGACAGAAAUGGGAACAGAUUGAAAACAACUCCAAGCUGAGACAUGUAGGAAGUAACCUCUGUUUGGACAGUCGAAAUGCCAGGAAUGGUGGUCUGACAGUAGAAGUUUGUAUUCCAUCACUGACUCAGCAGUGGAAAUUCACACUGAAUCUACAGCAGUAAAAAAAAAAAAAAAAAAAAAA